GAGUUGUCACCUGCGUUACUGCGAAGUCCAGCCAAGCGGGCUGCGGGCGAAUUCUUUCGACCUCGCGAGUUUGCAUUUUUUCACAAAGAACUUUGAGUGUUGGAAGCCCUGGAAUGAAUAGCCUGAUAGUGGCUGGAUCGUUAUCAUUUAUUGGGCACUUAAAGUAGUUGCCUUUAAAGUCGUAACGAGCAAAAGUAUAUUUGUUUACUCGCCGCAGUUUUGCGUUGCAUUCGUUUAGCUUGGCAAGAAUUUAAGGCGACGCCGAUGAUGAAGGCAGACAACUAUCGGCUGAUUGCCGAGGUGGCUCAACGGCGACCCCUGUGGGACACCACCAUUGCUGUCUCAGAUCGUCGGGAUGAGCUUAUUAUCCAUUGGGCCUGCGUGGCGCAUAUAAUGAAACAGGAUGUUGCCACCUGCAAGAAGCGCUUCAAGGGAUUAAGGGAUAGCUAUCGGGCGGAAGUGCGUAAGAUCCAGCAGAAGCGCAUUUCUAUGUCUCAGUGGCCCUAUUUCCGGUGCCUUGAGUUCAUGCGCCACAUCUUUGACCCACAACAGCUAGUCCCAUUUCCGCCGGAGCCUUUCGAUUUCGACACUGAACUAUCGGAUGAGUACACUGACGGCAAGCUGCUCGAUGAGUUUACAAUCGACGUGGACGUAGACAACGACGAUUCAGUGGACUUUGAGAUAAUGGAUGAUAUCUUCAAGAGGGAGUCUUCGGAGCACCGGGACUCCGGCUCAGACCCGGGGUCGCUCAUCAAGCCCCUGAGUUAUAGCCCAAUGCCCAGAAAAUCGGAUUUGGACUUGUCACCUCGUUUGCACUUUCCCCCCAAAAGCCAUCAGCCUCCACGGUUGCCUCCGCCGUCAAAGAGGAUUCGUCGCCGGAAGACUUCGUCUUCGUACGACGGGCCACCCACUGCCAAUGGUCACUUUAAUCAAUCUGUGACCACGACACCAACCAGCGCAGCCGAUACAUCACUUAAGGACGAUGCGGACUACAGUUUCUUAGUGAGCUUGCUGCCCCACAUGAAGUCGCUAUCGAACAUGGGCAAUCUUAAGUUCCGUAUGGAAAUAAGUAGAACAUUGGUGGAGAUUAAAAAAGAGGAGACACCGGCACCGGCUUCGCCGCAGACUCCGCAGCCCUCCAGAGAGUCAGUAGGCGGAACACGACGGAGUGGAGGCGGUUUGCCGAGGCUUACGCCCGCUCCGGACUCCAGUUAUGCGAAUUUGCAGGAGAAAUCGGCCCAAAUGAACUGUCUCUUAAAUUCCAGCUACCUGAAUGUCAGCAACCACUCGAAUCUAGCCACUUCGGAUGCAUUCGUGGACAGUUCAAUGAUCGAGUGCGAUGUGAAGAUCGAGGAAGAGCAGCUGAUUUGAGGUUGCCCAUAACGCUUCAUCCAAAUUUAUAUUUACGAUUUUACUUUACAUAAUUAUUCACGCAAUGUGAAAACUUAAACCCAACACAAAAUUUAAAUGUAUCUUUACAAGCAAAUAUUUACAAAUUAUGUUACAAAAAUAUAUAAGUUUCAUUAGUUCUGACUUAUAAUGGUACUUAUUCUAUUAAGUACAUGCUAUCACAUUUCCUUUUAAAAUAUUAUGUUAACCCAAAGCAACACAAUUAUCAAAUAGAUUUUAGAAAAAGAACAAUGAAACCAGAAUUUAACUUUUAAGCCGCGCCUUAUUCAAAAAUAUAUUCAUUUAUGGUUCUUGCAACGA